GAUAAUGUUAACUAAUUACAGGGAAGAGUCGUGCAAUGGGCUUUGCUGUCAGAGAUUUGCCCUGGAACCAAUAGUAAUUUGCUGUUUUUUUUUCCACCCCGAAUCUUCGCCCAAUCAGAGAUAGAGAUUGCUGUAGGCAUGAACAAGCAGGAUAUGGCUGAUGAAGCCCUCUUUUUGCUUCUGCACAAUGAGGUUAUAUCCUGUGUGUAUAAAGCCGGCGGUGACCAGGGGGAUGCGGAAAAUGGAAAGUGUAUUACUAAACUGGAGAACAUGGGAUUUCGUGUUGGACAAGGUUUAAUAGAGCGAUUUACCAAGGACACAGCCAGGUUCAAAGAUGAACUAGAUAUAAUGAAAUUUGUCUGCAAAGAUUUUUGGACAACGGUGUUUAAGAAGCAAAUUGAUAAUCUCCGGACCAAUCAUCAGGGCAUUUAUGUGCUUCAGGAUAAUAAAUUCCGACUUAUUACCCAGAUGUCUGCAGGAAAACAGUAUCUGGAACAUGCACCAAAGUACCUGGCAUUUUCUUGUGGUUUAAUCAGAGGAGGUUUGUCUAACUUGGGAAUAAAGAGUAUUGUCACAGCAGAAGUCUCAGUCAUGCCUGCAUGCAAAUUCCAGGUGAUGAUUCAAAAGCUGUAGCAAAGGAGUGAAGUCUGAGGGGGCAGUGUUAAAAAACGAAAUGUAUUGUACAAAUCACUGUGUGUCAUACAUUAAGGAGCCAGUCUGAUAUUUAUGUAUUUAUUUUUAUUUGGAUGUUCACCACCUAACUGACAUUCCCAUUUAUUUAUGUAAAGGUUUCUUGUAUACUUUGGUUAUGACUUUAUCAUCAGAACAGGUUUUUCUCUGAAUUGCCCAGUUAGGCACCACUAAAGCACACUAAAGUAUCUUACAGGAAAAUGGAUAUACUAAAACUGACAUUAUGCCAGCCUCACAUGAGCAGAUUAUGGCUAUAUGACCUGCAGCCAGAACAGCUAGAUCUCUGAGCAGUUUGGCCAUACAGCAGUAGGGCCCAGCUAGCCUCAGAUCCGUGUCAUAGGCAGACUAACUGCCAAUAUUGGAUUGUGUAUGACCAGCUUGGUUUUCUUGGAAGUGUACAUAACUGGUUAACAGGGGAGUUAUGCCUCUAGACAUGUUAGGAACAGAUCUCUUUUAAACAUUGUAAAAUACCUUAGAAUAUAUGUUUAUUAAGUAAAAUGUAAGCAGCUAUUGGCUGAAGACAGAUAUAAAUUUACUAAUACAAUUAAAAUUAUUUCCACUAAAAAAAGUAAACUGAAUUUCAAACCUAUUCUAAUAAAUACCACCAUUCUAAAAUAAGAAACUGGGACAAAUUAAGUAACAACCAACUAUUCCCAGUUAUGCCCAGACAUGCCCCAACCCAUGAAAACCCUUGCCAACAUUCUGGUAAAUAAAUAUCUUUAGGACUUUCCUAUCUAUAUAGGGACAAUUGCAGUUAAUGUUUUUAUUAUUGGUAUUGGUCUGUAAUUUAAAAAGGGGAGUUGAAUGAAUUUGUAUAAGAAAGCAGCAUAUAUAUAUAGUUUGGCAGAAAGUAUUCCUACAGUAGGUUGAGUAAAAUACGGGAUUGGGGGACAUUUAAAAGAGAACUAAACCCUAAAAAAU